UGUCUCUCGAUCUGGCUAUGCAACUGUUUCGAAGUAUUUUUUUUUUACUGAGUACUGCUGAUGAAAUGCAUGUCUUAAUAUUGACAUUUCUUGUGUCAAACUAAUUUUAGUUACCAUUGGGUAAGUUGAAAGAGUUGCGUAAACAGUUUUUGUUCUAUAAAAGUGAUAAAGUUUCGAUGUCUUCUAUUGGAAAAGGAGAUGAUGAUCUAUCCACAAAAAUACAAUGCGAUUCUCAAACGCCAUUUAAGUAUACGAAUCCUUAUUGCCAUCGACCGAAUGAAUAUCGACCGGAGACGAUAACUCCAGCACAAAAUUUACUUGCCGAUCAUACAGUUCUUUUGGUAAAUACUUACAAAGAAUGUAGAGAGGCAGUAAUAGAACUGAAUUCACAAUUAAAAGAAUAUGAUGUACUUGGCAUUGAUGCUGAAUGGAAAAUCACUUGGAGGAAAAAAAGCGGACGUAAGCCGGUCGCACUACUUCAAUUGGCAUCUCAAUAUGGACUUUGCAUACUCAUUCGUUUGUGUAUUAUCGAAAGGAUCCCUGCAGAGCUCGAUGAAAUUCUUGCCAAUCCAAAGAUAUUAAAAGUUGGCAUUGAAUCCAGAUCGGAUGGGGUUUUUUUGAACAAAGACUAUCAAAUGCGCGUUUGGAGUACACUUGAUUUACGAUAUAUGGCUGCAAUGUGCGGCUUAAGACCCGGCGGACUUGCUGCAAUGGCCAAGGAUCAUCUAUUCUAUGAACUUUCGAAAAAUAAGAGGGUACAAUGCUCCAAUUGGGAACUUGAAAUUUUAAGUCAGAGGCAAAUAGAAUAUGCCGCACUCGAUGCAAUCAUCGGAUACAAAUUAUUUCUUUAUUACUCAAGUUUUCAACAUUGCAUCACGUAUUAUACCAUUUCUUGCUUUUAUGAUAAGCAUUUCAGUCAUCCAAAGGGCAUGAUAAUGUAUGAAAAAAGCCUAAGCGAUCAAAAAACUGAACAAAAACAAAAUGAAUAAUA